CUGCUGAGCCCGCCAAAAGUCCCAUUCUGCAAAUGGUGCUGCACCAGUUGAGUAGUCCUUGACUUAUGACCGGUUGGGGGUCGCAGCAUUAAAAAGGUUGAGAACCACUGGUCUAGGCCAUGGAAGAGAAGGAUUGUGGGGGGGCAUGAUGGCUGUCUUCCACUACUUGAGGGCCUGUCAUGAAGAGGAGAUCAAUUUAUUCUCUAGGGCAAUGGAAGGCAGAACAAGAAGUUCAUGGGUGGAAGGUUGUCAAAGGAAGAUCCAAUCUAGAAGUAAGGAGAAAUGGAGAUCAGUUGGCCAUGUGCUUUGGUGGGAUAUUCUAUUCUUCCUUUUUUUUUUCUUUUGAAAAAUGUAGUUUGGAAAUAUUUCUUCUACCAUAUAUUCACAAUCACCCCCCUCUUUCUUAGCCCGUUUUCGAGGCCCUGCUGCACAUUUUUCUCUGUGUGACCUAAUGGAGACUUCUGUGCAAGCACAAUUACAGGAGUACAUAGCAUUUAGCAGAUAUAGGUUGUCCUCCUUCAGGAAUGGUAUGCUGGGUGCUCUUGGAUGCAGCCCUGGGCAGCAAGAGGGAAGUUGGCUCCCUUGUAGCAUCUGGCCUGAUGUUGCUGCUAUGUCCUAAAACUUUGGGAGCCACAUUAAAUAAGUCAUAAAGAUUUCAGAUGUAGAGAGAUUUUGAUCUCUCCUGAGAGUCACCCCUAGGAAAAUUGUUUGUAUAAUUGUGUAAAACCGUCAUGAACAUUUGGGGCUCAGCACCUCGCUAAUCUUCUAAUGUAACUAAUGCAGUGUUUCUCAACCUUGACAAUUUUAAGUCAUGUGGACUUCAUCUCCCAGAAUUCCACAGCCAGCAAUGCUGGCUGUGGAAUUCUGGGAGUUGAAGUCCACAUGACUUAAAAUUGUCAAGGUUGAGAAACACUGAACUAAUGUAACUAGCAUCACAUUUCACUAGGCUCUGUUGCAAAGGUUAGUUGCUAGAAGUCAGAAACUACUUGAUAGCUUUUAAUCAAGGGGGAAAUCGUGCAAACGCCUUAGGCAGAGACGAGAGAAGCGUGCUUUUCGCCUCCUAUCCACGGUCAAACAGGCAACAUCUGUGCUUAGCAAGGGGACAAUACAGAAUGUGGCAUCUGUGGCUGACUUUAAACGAGUUAAAACCAUCGAGUACUAUAUUGCUAGAGAGGAGAGGAGAGGGGAAGCGCCGAGGAACUUCCUCUUCCUGAUCACUAAUCAGAGGAAGAUGGUGUGUAGGGAGGAUUUUGUGCUCUUCCCGGAUUGAAGCAGCAGCUGGAAGAAAAGAGGAUGGGAAGAAGAGCACUCUGGACAGCUAAAAAUAACAGGCAACAUUGAAAAGGAAAGCAAAUCAAGCUAGAAAUCAAAAUAUUUUCCAUUUCCUUCAGAAAACCACACAACUGUCCUCCUCCAGCAGUUCUUAGAAAAAAAGAGAGAAAAUCAAGAAAGUUUUCAAACUGGAAUAAGUAGAUUAUUCAGAACUCAAGGAUACAUUACAUGAAAAAUGAAGGGAGAUUAUUCAUUCAGUAAAAGAGGGAAAUAACUGGAAAUCAGUGCAGGAAAGGGUGAGUAGGAAAGUCACGCAGGCCUCGCUUCUGAGGAAGAAAACGGAUUGAAUGAAAGCACCAAUAAACAAGGGAUUGUCCAUAUUUUUGACCUCCUCAAGAAUAUCAGCUGUGGAAAAGCUCUGUACUUGUGUCUAUUGUUGGAAAACCACAGAUUGCAAAUCACAACUGAUUAUGCACAGGAAGAGCCACACUGGAGAAAAGCCAUACAAAUCAUCUGAUUGUGGCAAAAGCUUUAAUCAGAACAGCUCCCUUGUGGUUCAUGGAAGGACCCACACAAGAGAAAAGCCAUACAAGCACUCCUAGUGUAAUAAAUGCUUUAGUGAGCAUGGCAACAUGGUGAUACAUCAAAGGAUUCACAGCAGGGCGAAAAAAUACAACUGUACUAUUGUGUGAAUAUUUCAUUAGAAAUUCCCCAUGUCGGGAGACACCAUAGGAUCCACACAGGAGAGAAACCCUUUGAAUGUCCUAUCUGUGGGAAAUGUUUCAGUCACAAGUCCAACCUGGCGAUACACCAGAGGAUUCACACAGGAGAGAAACCAUACGUUUCCACUUUGUCGCAAAAGUAUCAUUUCAAAUUCUGACCAGAUGAAACGUCAGAGGACUCACACAGGAGACAAACCCUUUGAAUGUCCUGAAUGUGGGAAAAGUUUCAGUGACAAUUCCUGCCUUGUGAAACACCAGAGGACGCACACAGGAGAGAAACCGUUUGAAUGUCCUGAAUGUGGGAAAUGUUUCAAUAGGAAUUCCCAUCUGGUGAGACACCAGAGGACUCACACAGGAGAGAAACCCUUUGAAUGUCCUGAUUGUGGGAAAGGUUUCAGUGAGAAUUGCAAGCUCUUGACACACCAAAGGACUCACACAGGAGAGAAACCCUUUCAAUGUCCAGAUUGUGGGAAAAGUUUCCAUUGGAAUUCACACCUCGUGAAACACCAGAGGACUCAUACAGGAGAGAAACCCUUUGAAUGUCCUAUCUGUUGGAAAGGUUUCAGGUGCAAGUCCAACCUGAUGAUACACCAGAGGACUCACACAGGAGAGAAACCCUUUGAAUGUGCUGAUUGUGGGAAAAGUUUCAGUGAGAAUGGUAAGCUCUUGAGACACCAAAGGACUCACACAGGAGAGAAACCCUUUGAAUGUCCUGAUUGUGGGAAACGUUUCAGUAACAAGUCCAGCCUUGUGAUACACCAGAGAGUUCACACAGGAGAGAAACCUUUUGAAUGUCCUAUCUGUGGGAAAAGUUUCAUUGACAAAUCCAACCUGGUGAUACACCAGAGGACUCACACAGGAGAGAAACCCUUUGAAUGUCCUGAUUGUGGGAAAAGUUUCAGUGAGAAUGGCAAGCUCUUGAGACACCAGAGGACUCACACAGGAGAGAAUUCCUUUGAAUGUCCUGAUUUUGGGAAAAGUUUCAAUCAGAAUUCCCAGAUCAUGACACACCAGAGGACUCACACAGGAGAGAAACCCUUUGAAUGUCCUGAUUUGGGGGAAAGUUUCAAUCACGAGUCCAACCUGGUGACACAACAGAGGACUGACACAGGAGAGAAUUCCUUUGAAUGUCCUGAUUUUGGGAAAAGUUUCAAUCAUAAUUCCCAGAUCAUGACACACCAGAGGACUCACAUAGGAGAGAAACCCUUUGAAUGUCCUGAUUUUGGGGAAAGUUUCAGUCAGAAUUCCAGCCUUGUGACAGACACACCAGAGGACUCACAUAGGAGAGAAACCCUUUCAAUAGACUAA